CAUGGAACUGGGUGUGGGAAUUUCACCAUUACAACCAUAUAUAUAUAAAAGAACCUGACGAUGGUCUGAUGUUCUUGGAAGAUGGAAACUAAGUUCUUACGAGACAAGAGGUUUUGGUUUGCAUCCUUCCUUAUCACGUGGGCUGCUGCACUCCAGGCACAUAUGAUGUGGUUGCGGAGACAGGAAUCCUUCCAGGAGAAGUUUGGUACCACCAAGAAAAAAACUCAAGAGGUUAGCAAUAAAGAAGAUAAACAAUCCAAGGACAAUCUAGAAGAAUUUCAUGAUGAUCAAAUGAUAUCUGAAUACCAAGGAAAAGAUGAGGAACGUCUUGAAUGAAGUAGUCUGACAUCAAGGCUAUUUUUAAAAUCUGAUGUACUACUCAGUUAGCUGAGAUGGUAUAUUCUUAAGAUUCACUAAUAUGUGUUUCCAUGUAAAAAAUGGGCUAGCAUACAAGAAGUUGAAGCAAGUUGCAGAACUUAUCAACUUUUGAUAAGUUUGAUGUGUAUAUUGGCUUUUUCAUGUGCUUCCAUGUUAUUUGAUUUGAAAUGAAGUUUCCAGCAGUUAAAAUU